AUGUCGUUCUCUCCUCCUUCAGAAAUUUCCGUGACAUCUCGCCAGAUCCCCAAAUGGGGUGGCAUUCCCAACACCUCGAUCCAGUCUAAGCCACUCCUGAUCUACCACAAAGCUUUUAACGCGUCCGCUAACGAUCUCGCGGCGCACCUGGAGGAAAUUGGCGAGGUCAGACCACAGUGGGUCUAUUCCAUGUACAGUCAAACGCACUUUCACAGCACCACUCACGAGGUGCUGGGUGUGGUUUCCGGCCGUGCACGGCUUUGCUUCGGUGGGGAAGCGAACCCCGAACGCUUCGAGCCGACCGUCGAAAAAGGAGAUCUGAUUAUCGUACCCGCCGGCGUCGGCCACCGGCUGCUGGAGGAGUUCAGCUCUGAUCAGGGUGACCCUUUCCAGAUGGUUGGCGCUUAUCCGCCCCAGAAACAAUGGGAUAUGUGCUAUGGUGACUCAAGGGAGGAAGACAGGGUUUCGCGGAAUAUCCAUGCCUUGAGUUGGUUCCUCAGCGACCCCUUGUGUGGGCAGGAUGGGCCUGUGCUGCACGUCUGA